AUGUUUUCAUCAACGUGGAACUUUAUUAAACGCCACAAAAGAAAAUUUAUUUUCGCUGGCGCAUUAGUUGGUGGCGUAUACUUUUUGGGUAAAUAUGCACAGAGAAAGAUUAGGGAUAUUCAGGAAAGAGAGGCCAAUGAAUACAUCUCUCAGGCCCGAAGACAGUUCCACUUUGAGAGCAACCAGAGGACCUGCAACAUGACCGUGUUGUCCAUGCUUCCAUCUUUAAAAGAAGCCAUUAUAGCUCAGCUCAACUCCGAGAGUCUGACUGCACUGCUCAAGACCAAACCAGAUAACAAGCUGGAUAUCUGGGCGGACUUAAAGAUAAUUAGUUUUACUCGUACAAUAGUUGGUGUUUACAGCACGUGUAUGCUAGUGGUUCUGCUACGAGUCCAGCUCAACAUCAUUGGUGGAUAUUUGUAUCUUGACAACUCUGCUAACAAAAACACUACGGCUCCCAUGGCUCCUCCAGAUGUUCAGCAGCAGUAUCUGUCCAGCAUCCAGCAUUUAUUAGGAGAUGGUUUGAUAGAACUUAUGACAGUGGUGAAGAAAGCUGUGCAAAACUCAUUAGGAAGUAUGUCCCUGAAGCAGAGCCUGUCUCUGCUGGAGCUGGAGCAGCAGAUCAGUUGGAUGAGGGCUGAGGUGGAGGGUUCUGAGCGUCCUCUGUCCUGGUACAUGUUAGCAGACGACCAGGACGCACUCGCAGACCAGGCCUGUGGUUUGACUGAAAAUGACGUGUUGACAAUUCGCCUGCUGAAUGAGACCAGAGAUAUGUUGGACAGUCCAGACUUCACAAAGGUUCUUCACACUUGUCUGAACCGAGGUUUCUCUCGUCUGCUCGACAACCUGGCCACGUUUUUCAGAUCUCCAUCUGUGGAGUCCGAUCACAGCUUGGCACCUGACAGUUUGUCUGGAGUGAGUUUGCCGCUGGCUAAGAUCAUUCCCAUCAUUAACGGACAAAUCAACACUAUCUGCAGCGAAACACCCAGUCACUUUGUACAGGAUUUACUUUUGAAUGACCAGGUGAAGGAGUUUGCAGCCACCGUUUAUGAGACUUUUAGCAUGCCCCAAGAGCUUCAGAAAUAG